AUGUCCCAGUCGCCUAAUAUGGAACCUUGUGUAUCUGUUGUUGCUUUUGGUCAUGAUCAUGUUAGAGAUGAUUGUAAGUUAAUCCGGCUGUUAAGAUUUUAUGAAAUAACUGACAAUGAUGUACCAAGGGAGGAAUGCAUAUAUGUCCCCAACAUGUGGGAGAUAUAUAGUCUAAGAAGAAAUUCAUGGAAGAAACUUGAAGCUAACACUAAUAUUGGAAAUUCAAAUAAUGAUAACCUAUACGUGAAUGGAAUGUGUCAUUGGUGGCAUAUACAUCGUGAUUAUGAUACUAACAUUGAUGAUCCAUUGUUGGUGUCAUUUGACUUAUGUAAUGAGGUAUUCCUCACAACACCUUUGCUUGUAGACACGAUUGAACGUUUUGAUAUUUAUCAUUUGACAUUAUUGAAUGGGGCCAUAGCUUUCAUAACAUACGAUGGAACCACUACUUUUCAUAUAAAAAUCUUGGGAGAAAUUGGUGUGAAGGAAUCAUGGGCUAAAGUAUUCAUUGUUAAGCCUAUUCCCUACUUUGAACGUAUUAUCGGAGUAGGGAAGAAUGGUGUUAUAUUCUUCAUAAAAGAUGAUUGUGAAUUAGUCUGGUUUGAUCUAAGUACCAAAAAGAUUGGAGAGUUGGGUAUUAAAGGACGAAAAUUUUAUUGUUACAUAGUAAGUUAUAAGGAUAGGUUUCUCCCGAUUGAAAGUUUUCUUAUAUAG